AUGGACAACUUGGCACAGGACGCUCUGCUGUCUGACGUCAAGGUUCGCAAAGUCCGACAAACUGCUCAAGAGUGGCCUUUGACGACGAUGAUUUCGUUGCCCGCACCUUUAGGACUUACCGUGUUGACCAGGGAUGGUUCGGCCUUUGAAGUCCCAUUGGCUGACGUGGAAAUUCGGAUAAUAAGACUAACUGUCCAAGAUGGGUCCGUGAUGAUCGCAAACUCGUCGACCGACGCGAAUGGUACGAUGUGGGCGGACAUCGCGACAGCCGAACAGCUCAUCAUAGUCGCUUCCAAGAAGGGAUACCUGGAUACGUCAUCGACUUACCGUUUAAAACCUGAAGAGAGAAACAUUCAUACCAUCUCGAUGCAGAAGCACUCGAUGAGGAAGGAGAUCACUUGGAUGUCGGGGCUUGAUCGUCUGGUGGAGUUCAGGCCAAGAUUUAAAGGCAUUCCGUACAGUUUUGAAAUUCCAGCAGGCAGUCUUGAUACUCCGGAGCAGAGCCGUGUUGAGUUUAAGUUCCAGGAUGUAGAUACGAGUAAUCCAUCCGAACUGAGGCAGGCUCCUGAGCUCAUUGGAGCUGUAGACUCAUCGGAAGGAACCACACUAAUAGGCUUAGCAGUCUUCUCUAUGGCUGAGCUGACAGUGGUCAAUAUGGACAACGAACAACCAGUCGAUCUUAUGCUGCCAUUCGAAGCCGAGUUCCCUCUUAGCCGAAAACCCCGGGGUACUCGUCAAGGGAGUCGCAUACCAGCGUGGUACUUUGAUAAAACGACAGGCGUUUGGAGGAAAGGAGGCGUUGGCAAAGUGAGACUUGAUCGGUUUAAAGAGCCGGUGUGGAGCUUCGAGGCAAGGCAUUUUACCUGGUGGGGUGCUAUGCAGCCCUGGGCGGGAACCUCUUGCAUCAUCGUGAAGACGUGCUACGACCAGAAAUGCCUACAAAUCGCCAGCUUCACCCCCGUCGAGGUCGAUGGCGUCGACUUCUCCUAUUCGUCCUCAACUGUGUCCAGCGGAGAGGGGCGGACAUGUGCCCAAUUUAAAAUGGGGGGCAACGUCAGGAUUUCGUCCCCCUUUUCUCGGAAGACCAAGCUGGUUGCAGGUAACCCCGUAAGUGGCUCGUCCUGCCCUCUGGAGUACGAUACGCUGGUGCUCAGACCGCCGGGUCAGGCUCAGAUGGGGCAGUGCGAAGAGGUCGUCCUCGUGUUAAGAGAUCCCUCGGCCACCACGGAGCCAUCCAAAACCUCUAAACCAAUGAUUACAACACAGCCAGCUCCGACAACAACUUUAGAACCGGCGACAACCAUUCCCCAGACCACACCCACCACCCUUCCCCCUACUCCCCCUCCGACCGGACUUACCGUGUUGACCAUGGACGGUUCGACCCAGCAGGCUUUGCUCCCUAACGUACAGGUUCGGAUAAUCAGACCGGCCAUCGAAAUUUUCCCCGUGACGACAACGACGAUCUCCCCGAUUACGAAUUCCUCAAUGACAAACUCGUCGAUGGCGAAUUCCUCGAUGACGAUUUCCUCGAUGACGAAUUCCUCGAUGACGAAUACCUCGAUGACGGACUCGUCAAUGACGAAUUCCUCGAUGACGAACUCGUCGACAGGGAACUCAUCCAUGACGAACUCCUCGACGGUGAAUGACUCGUUGAUCACUGCUUACACCACCGGGGACGGCCUUGCUUUGCUGGAUAUACCCUUAGACGAGCCCGUCAUCGUCGUGGCCUCCAAGACGGGGUAUCUGGAGACAUCAUUCACCUACUGCUUCCAACCAGGAGUGAAAAAUGUUCUUCCAAUCUUGAUUCAUAAGCACUCGUUCACGGAGCAAUUCGUCUGGAUGUCUGAGGAGGACCAUUCUGUAGAGUUCAGACAUCCUGAACACAAAAUUCCUUACAGACUCGACAUCCCAGCAGGGAGUUUGAACGUCACAGAUGGGAGUGUCGUCGAGGUUAGAUUCUCCGGUGUGCAUACAAGUCAUCCAACUGAAUUGAAAGAAGUUCCUGAGCUGAUUGGUGCAACAGAAUCACCAGACGGUAUGAAAUUGACCGGACUAGAGGCCUUUUCGAUGGCCGAAGUGACGGUGGUCAACGCGGAGACCGAUGAUCUUGUCGACGUCGUGCUGCCAUUCAACGCCGUAUUUCCUCUCGAUAGGAAGCCGAGAGGCGCCCAUCAUGGAACCAAAAUCCCAGCCUGGUACUUUGAUAAAAUGACAGGCACUUGGAAAGAAGAUGGCAUCGGUAAGUUGAAGAAUAAGGCCGGAGAGCUAGUGUGGAGCUUCCAGGCCCGUCAUUUCACAUGGUGGAGCGCCAUCCAACCCUGGCCAGAGACAUCCUGUCUGAUCAUCAAGACGUGCUACGAGAAGAACUGCAAACGGGUCGCCAGUUUCGUCCCUGUCGAGGUUCAUGGCGUCGAUUUCUCCUACACCUCGACGAGUGUGACCAGCGGGGAGGGGCAAACCUGCACCCAUUUUAAGAUGGGCGGUCAGGUCAGGGUUUCAUCGCCCUGUUCUAAGAAACCAAAGUUCAGGAUUGGCGAACUCGGUGGUACCACGUACUGUCCAGAAAAUACUCAGGUGUUGAGGCCGCAAGACCAGACCGAGACUGGGCGAUGCGAACAGGUUGUCAUCGUAGUCAGAGAGGACUGGACGAUGCGCUGUAGCGAGCCGGACAUCCACACAAAGGCCGACUCCACACAGUUCGGGAUGGGUAGCACCACGUUCUUCGAGUGCCUUGGGGGAUACAACCUGGUUGGUCAGCCGCAGAGGGCGUGUCUAGCCUGCGGGAAGUGGAGUGGACCAGACCCGAUCUGCACGCGCUGAAUGAAAACAAUUGUGUAAGAUAUGAGAAGAAACUGAGACGUCGAAUGUAUCACUCUUUUUUUCCUGAGGCAAUGAAUCCUUAGGGUCAAAACAUGUAACCAAUUCAAUUUAAUUCGAUUCGAUUCGAUUCAGUUCAAUUAAAUUCAGUUUACUUCGCUUCAAAUCAAUUUUAUUCAAGGAGAAAAGAGUGACAAUCAAACAGAUCAAAUUUAAACCUUGCCUGAUUGUAAACUACCGACAGCUGAUUACUUAACAGAAGUAUUACUUUUUUCCUGUGGUGUUCGUGAUGAAGCUUAUGUAUUGUGUAGAAGUUCGUAAUUAAAGUAGAUAAUGCAUGCUUUAAAUAAUUGUUGAAUGUCAAGCAAUGAAACUUUAGGGUCAAAACAUGUAACCAAUUCAGUCCGAUUAAAAUCAGUUCAGUCCAAUUCAAUUAAGUUCAGUUCAAUUCAAAUCAAUU